UUGAAAAAUCGGAAAACCCUGACGUCUUUGAAUGAGGGAUUGAAUGAGAAAUGGCGUCGAAGUUGAAAACGUGUUUUGUAUGGUGGAACCUGAGUGGCUUCAACUAUGUUAACCACUCUAAGGGAAAUGGUAGGAUAGUGCAAGUUUCAUUUCCAGGUUCUUGCAAAAUGCGACACCGAACCACUUUCAGUUUGCAGAAUAAUAGGCAACAGAUCAAGCCUUCCAUUGAGGAAGUUCUCUGUCAAAAUCAAGAUGAGAAAGAAGAUUUAGAGGUUUCAUUCAAUGACUAAGAAACUCCAAGAACUUGUUAUCCAAACGAAAGAAUUGAAGCUUGAUUGAGGGAAUUUGAAUAGGUUUGCUAAGAAGGGAGCCUUAAUGUAUUUGAAUAUAAAUCACGAUAAACAUAUAUGGCCUACGAAGAACAGAGUGAACAUGAGGUUAUUUCUGCAUUUCUUGGUCUUUUAUCUUCUGCAACAAGAUUACAUGUGAUUCAUAUUGUAGCAGAGAUGGCACCAGUACCUAAGGCUGUUGAGUUUGCACGAAAGCUUGCCGAAAAACACUUAUUUCGACAUGUUACUGUUGAAAAUCUAUUUGAGGAUGGAAACCACCUGUAUCGGGUUUUGGAUGAUGACCUCAUUGUGGUGUCACAAUGUCACAACAUUUCUAGAGGCAUAAGCACCUUGAAGCCCAAGCCUUUAGCGGAAAAUUGCGUCAAGACUAAGGUUUCUGUCCAGUGCAAUAUUUGAAGCCUAUGCUUAUGAAGAUGGACGUCUUGUUGAUUAUACAAGUAUACAUGGAAGUGAGGAGU